AUGGCUAAGAAUAUGACGAGCAGAGAGAAACUCAAGUACGAAGGAUAUACUUUGCCAAAACCUACCAUCAAAGAGCUACUGGCCCGUAACGCACGGAAGGAUUCGGAGUUAAAAACCCUCCACAAAAGACUCGACAAGGAGAAAGAGGAACUCGAGAGCGAUUUUUCCAAGACACGCUCUCAGUUUCUUUCCCGAGUUCACAAUUUGUUGUUGGAGGGACAAACACACGAUCUUGGGUUUAAUCAUGAGAGCAAUUCUGACGAAGAACAACAGAGUACUUUCGAAAGUGGUGCUAAAAACGAUAAUGGCAUUAACGAUUUAACUCCAUCAUGGGAAGCGAAUUUGAAAAGUCUGUCCAGCUCUCAGCUCGAUGAGGACAUAAACAGGGCUGGAUGUAAUCGAAACUCACGCCACAUUCAACCAUGGGCACAAAAAGUCGAACACUGCAACCAUUCUUUGGCCACAAAAGCUGAUUCAGGUUCAUCAAAACUCUCGCGUUCUAGACGUAAAGUAAGUUGGGGAGGUAGGGCAAACGUUAUGCCUGAAGAUUGGGACGCGAGAAGCGUUCUCAGCAAGUCGAACUCCGAAGGAAAUCUUCCCUCCGCUCAAGUCACAUGUCCGAUAAGUGACACCUUACGCUCUAGAAUUCGGAGACACUCCGUUGUCGGUCGAUCGCGAUUUGAUACCUUUAAUCCCAGAAGCAACAGCCUCAUGAAGGAAGAUUUAAAAAACCAGAAGUCGUCGAACACUCCACGCCAGGUAAAACAACGAAGGCAUACGGUGUGUGCUAGAGGAAUUUUUGAGCCGAAACUGACUUCUACCGAAGAGGAAAAAUGUAAAGCAAAAAAACCUUUGUCUGAACUUCUUCCUCCAAUUACACUACCUCCGAUUUAUCUUCAAGAAUCAAAAAGAAAAGAAACAGGCAAAAAGAAGAGCUUCGUAAAGACACACGUACGACCGAAAGCUGCGGAUUCCACACAGCUCACAGAAGAUUUAGACUAUUGCCGCUACUUACGAUUGAAUAGAAAAGACGGCGAUUACAGUUAG